AUGUUAAAUAGCGCAUUGUAUGUUCCGUCCUAUGAUCAAAAUAUUUUUUCAGUGCAUGCUACGAUAGAAAGGGGGGCCAGUAUUAGUUUAGAUAAGCAGGUGAAACAGCUCAAAUGUCCUGAUGGCACAACGUUUGGAAUGGAACAAAAAGGUAGGUUAUAUUAUUUAAAUAGUAUUUCAUCCUCUAAGAAUAGUGCAUGUUCUCUGCAUGAAUGGCAUAAAAUCCUUGGUCACUGUAAUUAUGGUGAUGUUCAGAAAUUGGAAAAUGUUGUACAGGGGAUGAAUAUUUCCAACUAUGAUGAAGUAGAGUGUACUGUUUGCACUAAAGGUAAGAUGUGCCAAUUUAGGAAUAGAUCCCCAGAUGAAAGAGCAACUGCCCCAUUAGAUUUUGUGCAUUGUGACCUGGCUGGUCCUAUUGAUCCUGUAGGAAAAGAUGGCUUUAAGUAUGCUCUGUCAUUCGUUGAUGACUAUUCAGGGAUUAUUAUGGUCUAUUUUCUAAAAUGUAAGAGUGAUACCCCAGAAGCAUUACAGCAAUUUUUGGCCGAUGCUGCUCCUUUUGGGAGGGUUAAGCGUGUCAGGAGUGACAAUGGCACAGAAUUCACUAGUCAUAAAUUCAAUUCUAUUCUUCGAGAAAAUAAGAUAAGGCAUGAGACUAGUGCACCAUAUUCCCCACAUCAGAAUGGAACGGUGGAAAGAGCAUGGUUGAGUCUUUUUAAUAUGGCUAGAUGUUUGUUGCUUGAGGCAAACUUGCCAAAGUCCAUAUGGACUUAUGCUGUUAUGGCAGCAGCCUACAUCAGAAAUCGUUGCUUCAAUGCGAGAUUGGGCAAAACUCCUUAUGAGGCAUUUACAGGGUCUAAACCAGAUUUGAGCAAUAUGCAUGUCUUUGGUUCCGUUUGUUACGCAUAUGUGCAAAAUGCAAAGAAAUUAGAUCCUAGAAGUAAACAGGGUAUAUUUGUGGGAUAUGUUAAAAGAAGUCCUGCAUAUCUUGUCUUUUAUCCUGAUUCCAAUAAGGUUGAACGUGUAAGGUGUGUGAAAUUUUUCAAUGAGAGCAACCAUGAAUCUAAGGUUAAUCCUGACGAGCAGGAAGGGGAAUUUCUUCCCAGUAAAGUGUCUGUACCUAUUGCCAAUGAGAGUGUAAUAUCAACACAAGGGGAUGAAAGUGUAAAUGGCACUGAAACUGUGCAUGAUGAAGUACGGUACCCUAGUCGAACUCGUACUAAGCCAACAUAUUUGAAUGAAUAUGUGACUGGUAAGGUUGUUGAUGAUGCAGCAACAUGUGCAGUUGAUUAUUGCUAUAGAACCCAUGACAUUCCAACUAGCUAUUCCCAAGCAGUACAUUCUUCUGAAAGAAAUAAAUGGGAAAAAGCCAUGGAUGAUGAAAUUGAGGCCUUAGAGGGCAAUGAAACUUUCGAGUUGGUCCCACCCCCAAAGGGCCGUGAGGUAGUGGGGGGGGGGAAUGGGUGUAUACCGUUAAGACAGGACCAGAUAAGGCUGAAACAUACAAAGCUCGUUAUGUAGCAAAAGGCUACUCGCAGAUUCCUGGUAUUGAUUACCAUGAAACCUUUUCCCCAACCGCUCGGAUGAGCUCUAUUCGUGUUUUGUUACAGCAGGCAAUUCAGAAUGAUAUGCUUGUUCAUCAGAUGGACGUAAAAACAGCCUAUUUAAAUGCCCCAAUAGACUGUGAGAUUUUCAUAGAACAGCCAGAAGGCUACGAAAGGGUAGGACAAAAUGGUGAGAGGUUGGUGUGCAAAUUAAAUAAGUCUUUGUACGGUCUUAAGCAGAGUGGACGCAAUUGGAACAACAUGCUACAUGAUUACCUUAUGGAGAGCUUCACUCAUCAUUUGGGUUGA